CCUGUCGAUGUAUUAAUUUGUUUACGAUUUAUCAUUUUAAUGUUUUCUGUUAAUAUAAGUAGUUUUUAGUUAUGUCAACAAGUUUUGCCAACUUAAGUGUAAUAUGUUUUAUCUUAUUGCCUUCUGUCGUGUUGAAUCGUCCGUCGAACGCGUCGUCGAUAAUACGUAAUAAAAAAGCAAAGAUAUGUUAUCGUGAACAUUGUAGAAGAGUUGCCAACGAAAUCUUACGAUCAAUUAAUGUGUCUGUAAAUCCUUGUGAUAACUUCUUCGAGUAUUCCUGUGGAGCUUGGAUAAAAAACCACUCGAUUCCCGAAGGCCGUAAUCAAUUUUCUGCGAUAACUCAGCUGAGCAUGAACAACGAAAAAAUACUUCUGGAAGCACUGGAGAAAGAUGAACCAAGCACAGACUCGCCAACAUUAAAAAAAGUCAAGAAUUUCUACAGAUCGUGUAUAGAUACGAAAACUAUCGAUAAAAGAGGAAAGAAACCAGCUUUAAAUUUCAUACAUCGCAUUCAUUCAUGGGCUCUUGCCCAAGAUGGCACAUGGAACCGAAAAUGGGAUUUCUAUGAUACGUUGAAGCUCUUACACAAAAUUUCGCCAGCUGAGAUAUUCUUUGUCGUCGAUGUAAUUCCAAAUCCGGUCAAACGUGAAAAGACGAGGAAAAAUGUAAUUCUAAUUGAUCAAGCGUCGUUGGAUUUACCUCAAAUUAUUUAUUUCACAAGUGCUAUAGAUAUUCGUCUUUUGUGGAGGUACAUGACUGAAAUAGGCCAUCUAGUUGGAGUGGGAACUAGGAAAUCUGCUAAAAAUAUGAAAAAUGUAAUAAAAUUUGAAGCUGAAUUGGCCAAGAUCCUAAUUCCAAAGUCUGCUAAACGAUAUGUAAAGGUUUCACUUGGGAAACUUGAGAAGGCUGUUCCUGGGAUAGACUGGCAUGGCCAUCUUCAAUCUCUUUUUGUGAAUAAGGAAAUAAAUAAGAGUGAACCAGUGGUAGUUCUGGCAAAUAGCUACAUCCCAAAAAUGGUUGAGCUUAUUAAGAAAACCAAGAAGAGCAUACUGUCCAACUACAUGGUUUGGAGGACAUUAAAAGAGGUAGUGCCUCUCCUAGACCACCGAUUUAGAAAGACGUAUUAUAAAUUCAAAGAGAAAAUUCAAGGACCAACAGCUGAAAAAUCUCGUCGAAAGAUUUGCUUUAGUUACACUGACAAGAUACUUGGACCAAUAUUAGGAUCUUUAUUUGUACGAAAAGCUUUCAGUGCAGAAAGUAAAGCAAAGGUUGAAGAUAUGAUGUCAAAAAUUAUUCAAGCAUUCAAAGAAAAUGCAAGAGAAGAACAUUGGUUAAGCAAAAAAAGUGAAAAGGCUGUCCGAGAGAAGGUGAAUGCAGCAACAAUUAAAGUAGGAUACCCUCAUUAUCUUUGGGAUGAGAAAGAAUUUGCAUCAAGAUAUAAGGAUUUAAAAAUAUCUGAGAACCAUUGGUUUGAGAACAUUGUGAACACAGACAGAUUUUCUUUGAUGCAAACAUUUUCCAAGCUUGGACAUAACAGAGAAAAACAUAGGUGGAUAACUGUUCCACAUUUGGUGAAUGCUUUUACGUCUAACAAAAAUGAAGUUGUUAUUCCUGCUGGAAUUCUUCAACCACCUUUUUUUUAUUCUGACGUUAUUCCCAGAUCAAUCAGUUACGGAGCAAUCGGGCAUGUUUUGGGUCAUGAGUUGACUCAUGGAUUUGACGAUACAGGACGCAAAUUUGAUAAUCAGGGUGAGUUAAUUGAAAAUGGAACUGGCUGGAGUCAAAUAUCAAUCAGGCAUUUCAAAGAAAAAGCUGAAUGCUUGGUGAAGCAAUUUGGAAAGUACAAAGUUUUGAAUAAAUUCUAUGUUGAUGGAAGAGAGACUCUUGGUGAAAACAUGGCGGAUGGUGGUGGUAUAAAAAUGGCAUAUCGUGCUUAUGUCGACUGGAUCAAAGAACAUGGAGAGGAGGAAAUCUUGCCCAACUUACAAAAGACUAGUCAGCAGUUGUUUUUCAUUGGUUAUGCUCAGAAAGAAUGCACCAAAACUAGCAUCACCUCGGAGUUUUUAUCAGUUACAGAAGAUGUUCAUGCACCAACAAAAUUUCGAGUUCUUGGCACUCUCGCGAAUAUGAAAGAGUUCUCAGAGGCCUUUAACUGCCCAGUUGGAAGUACAAUGAACCCUAAAGACAAAUGUGAUGUCUGGUAGUUUUUUUUUCUUAAUGUUUAUUGGAAGUUUUUUCGAAGUUUUUUGUCUUUAAAACAGGAAUCAGUGAGUACUGGAGGAUUUCUUCCUUCUCGAGUCUCGACUAGCGUCGGGGCUUAUUGAUUUUGUAAAAUUAAAUAAGUUAUUUCAUAAGUUAUUAAAUAUUGAAGAUUGAUAAAUUUAUUAAAUUCUGCUAUACAAG